UGAAAAUGGGUAGGAGUGCCUUCCUCAGUGGGUUAAGGAUCUGGCGUUGCCGUGAGCUGCGGUGCAGGCCACAGACGCGAAUCGGAUCUGGCAUGGCUGUGGCCUGGGCCAGCAGCUACAGCUCUGAUUCAGCCUCUAGCCUGGGAACUUUCAUAUGCCCUGGGUGCAGCCCUAAAAAAAAAAAGAAAGCAAGAAAGAAAAUAGGUAGGAGUUCGCUAGCCAGAAAAGAAAACAACAGAGUAUGCUAGGCUGGAGGGCCAGGAAAAGCAUGCAGCGUGGUGGGAACAGCAAAGAACAUAGUGCAGGAGUCAGGUGAGACUGAAAGGUAGCUCCUGCCUGGAUUCCUGGAGGUCUGAGUGCCGAGCCAGAAGUGGCCCAAGGGCAUCCCUUGGCUUAUCAGCAGGUGUGGGACAGGCCCAGAGCUGUCACUUAGAGAAUCAGCACCAUGGGACAGGAAGUUAUUGGUGAGAGUCCUGCUGACUAGUGCUGAGGGUUUGAUAGGCAGUGGAGGAUUAGAGGAGGGGCUGGAUGCAGGAGAAGCUUCUAAGGAAAAUCACCAGGACCCAGUGGUGGACAGGGUGUGGGGAGGGAGUCACCACGACUAACGAGGUUGAACAGGAAAGCCAACACCUGCCCUUAAAGUGCCUUUGCUGCUCUCGGGGUGAGUGAGGCCCUCCAGCCUCUUGGGAUCUUGCAGAAUGUGGUCCCAAGUCGGGACUGUGUGGUCCACAGUCGGGUCAGCUCAGCUGCAAGCCCCUGUCCGGGCCACCGAUGGGGCCGCGGAGGUCGUCGCUCAGCCGGCCCGGCAGGGGGCGCUGUGGGGACGACGUGGAUGAUGGGCAUGCGCAGGGCAGCUCCGGAAGUGGGUGGGACCGCCCGAACGCGGAAGCGGAGCAGCUCACAAGGGGACUGGGAGGGGAAGGUUGGUGGCCGAGUAUUCCUCAGUGUAGGGGCUGGGAGUGCGAGCUGUUCCUGUGUCUGAGGGGGUUUGCCGGGGGAAGCUUUCCGGUCCCCUUCACUCAUUAGGGGCCUGGGAGCGGGCCCCGGCGGAGGUGACCGCUCCCGAGGACUCACUCGCGGAGUCGACCAUGGAACUGCUCUCGGCCGCCAGGGGCGCGACCUGGCGUUGCUGCGGUCGUCUCCUCACGCGUCCUUUCUCCCAAGCGGCGCGGCGUGGGGACAGGCCCGGCGGGGAGGAGCUAAGCCGCCUGCUCCUGGACGACCUGGCGCUCCCCCCGCGGUCGGCCGGGGGACUGGAGCUUUUGUUUGGCUUGUCCCCAUGUCUCCUGGCUCUGCGAGCCGCCCGCCGCCGCGUGGCCCGGCUCCUGCUCCAGGCCGGCAGGUCCGGGCUGCAAGGGGAGCGGGCCGAGCUGCUGCGUGUGGCGGAGGCGCGGGACAUCCCGGUUCUGCGGCCCAGGCGGCGGAAGCUGGACGUCCUGUGCCGCUACCAGGUCCACCAGGGCGUCUGCAUGGAAGUGAGCCCCCUGCGGCCCCAGCCUUGGGCUGAGGCCGGGGAGUCUCGGCCGGGAGACGACCCCCAGCAGCUGUGGCUGGUCCUUGAGGGGCUACAGGAUCCCCGGAAUCUUGGGGCCGUGCUGCGCUCCGCUCAUUUCCUCGGAGUGGAGAAAGUCAUCACCAGCCGGAAAAACAGCUGCCCGCUCACUCCAGUAGUCAGCAAGGCCAGCGCGGGAGCUAUGGAGGUGAUGGACGUGUUCUCGACUGAUGACCUGGCCGGUUUUUUACAGGCCAAAGCCCGGCAGGGCUGGCUCGUGGCUGGCACAGUGGGAUGCCCUGGGCCUGAGAUUUCCCCAUCCUCCGAGGUGCCCAUCACUAGCUGCUUGGACUUCCUCUGGGACCAGCCCACUCUCCUAGUGCUGGGGAAUGAGGGCUCUGGUCUGUCCCGGGAGGUGCAGGCCUCCUGCCAGCUUCUCCUUACCAUCCUGCCCGGCCGGCAGCUGCCUCCUGGACUCGAGUCCUUAAAUGUUUCUGUGGCCGCAGGAAUCCUCCUUCACUCCAUUUGCAGCCAGAGGAAGGGUUUCCCUGUGGAGCAGAAGAGAGAGCAGCACCUCCUCCAAGACCCCCAAGAACCCUGGCCCUUGUCUGAAGGGCCCAGCCUGACUCAGCACCCAGGACUGUGCUCGGGAUCCGCAAAGCAGAGGCAGGACGGGGACUGACCUGGAUGUCCCAGGUGGCAGCCUUGCUCUUUGGUCCACAGUCUUCUUCCAGAAGCUUUGGCAGCCACCUGGAGAUGCCUGGCUGUGGCCUCCCCCCCCCCACCCCCGCUGGAGAGGCAGGGAAAGAGUAGCAACCCCCCCGCCACCCCCCUGCCUUACUGGCCCUCCAGUACCCCCUCUGGGUGAGUCAUCAGUCAGUCCUCCUCUAUGGAAGGAACUGCUGAAGCAGAGCCUUGACCCCUGAUUCUGGGAGGUGGUGUGGACCUCACAGGGUUGCUGUUUAUUGCACAACCUAGACAGCUGUGGCGCUCCUCUCCCAGGCUCCUACAGAUGGACCCGAGAUCACAAGGAUAAGUAGCUUGACUGGUCUUGGCUGUGCAUUGGAACCACCUGGCAGGCUUUAAAAAAGCACCUGACACUAGUGAGCCCCUUCCCACCCGAGCCCGAGGUCAUUGGUCAGUGUGCAACCUGGGCAUCUGAACUGCUAAAUCUUCCUCCCACCAAGAGGUUUCAUGUGCAGCCCAGGCUGGGAACUACUGCGUUUCUCAGCCUCAGCACGACUGACAUUCUGGUAACUUCUGUGAGGGCCUGUCCUGUGCCUUGUGGGACGUUUAACAGCAUCCCUGGCCUCUCCCCACAAGAUGCUGGUGGUGCCCUCGUCCUCCGAGUUGUGACAACCAAACAUGUCUCCAGACACUGCCACAUGUCCUCUGGGACAGAAACGCUUCUGGUUGAGAAGCACUGCUCUGGGGUGGGGAUCUGAAGGACGCAGCCUCCUGUGCAAAUCCCCAUGCUGUGUGACCUUAGCCAGUUCCUUCCCACCCUCAGCCUUGGUCAAAGGGGAAAAAGCCAGCCUUCCUGGGUGCCCAGGAGGAUACAGAGGGCAGGGGGACUCCACGUCUGACACACUGUAGGUGCUCGGUGCAUUGUACUGCCUUUUUCUUUGUGGAGUGGUUUCAUCUUGGCAUUCUUAUGGUAAUGCCAGUUUAGAAAGACAUUUGGAUUUGCUUAAAAAGGCCCAAGAUGGCUUUAAAGUCACAGUUUUUCUUGAGACAGAGAAAGAAACCCCUUCAUAAAUUCCAUGGAUCUCCCUUCGCAAGGGUCCUCCUUGACCUCUCUGUCUGCACCGCCACACGAGCUUUGACCUCUGCUGGCAUCUGUCUGUCUUGGGAGUGCUCCUCGACCUUCUGCAUCCCAGCUGAACUCUUGACCAAGAGCCUGGUGUAGCUUUCAGCUGUGGCUGCACCUUAGUGUCAUGGGGUCGGGGUGGGGGUUGCUUUAAUAGUCCAGAUGCCCAGAGGCCAUCUCUGAAGAAGCAGCCAGGCACCAGCAUUUUUUUAGAACUCCCCAGGGUGGGGGGCCUUAUCCAAUCAGUUGAAGACGCCAGUAGAACAAGAAGGCCGACCCUUCCCCAAGCUGACACCUGUGUGCAGUCGGUUGGAGAGUCACUGGCUGUCAGCCCCCCUGCUCAUGUCCAAGGAACUGCUUCCAAAUCAUUCAUACCCAUGUUUUUGAGCUCAUGCCUGAAAGUUUGGGUCAAGGAACCUGUCAUCUGUCCCUGAGAUUCUUCAGCAGAUGCUUGAUCUGGCCCUGGCUCCAUGGCUUCUUACCUGGCUGGUGCUGAGUCUCCUCAUCUGUAAAAUGAGGAUAGUGCCAUCAGUACCCACUCCAGCCCCCCCCCCCACCACAGAGAAGUUGUUGAAAAUAAAAUGAAGAAGUAGCAGUAAAAAAUUGUUCUAUAAACUACAAGACUGUGUACCCCGGGGCCGGCACAUGAUCAUACAGUCCUGGACGUGAGGGUUCAGUUUGCAUGUCCACCUGACUGGGCCAUGGAGUGCCCAGCUCUUUGAUCAGACAUUACCCUGGGUCGUUCUGGGAGGGUGUUUUGAAAUAAGAUUCAUUAGCAUUUAAAUCGAUAGGUUGAAUAAAGCAGAGUGCCCUCCCCAGGGUGGUGGGCCUUAUCCAAUCAGUUGAAGACCUGAAUAGAACAAAAGGCUGACCCUUUCCCAAGUAGGAGAGAAUUCCUCAUGCCUUUUGGAACUGAAACUAGUUCAAGAUCCUGGGUCUCAAGCCUGCUGGCCUUCUGACAGGGAGGGACUGUGUUGUCAGCUCCCCUAGGUUUCCAGCCUCACCCUGCAGAACCUGGGGCUUGUCAGCCUCUAUAAUCACGUGAGCCAAUUCCUUAUGAUAAGUGUGUGUGUGUGUAUAGUAUGUGCAUCAUGU